AGAUAAGGAACAGUAGAGUGAAUAGAUUAAAGAUAGAGAAGAAAAAAACAGUGGUAGAAAAGCGCGAGAAAGAGAGAGGAGAAAAAGAGAGCUAAUCAGUAUAGGAAAGAGAGUGGGGAUAAUCACAGAAGAGAAACUGGAGAGAGAGAUACUAUUGAGGUCAUGAAAUGAGUGAGAAAGACAGGGAUAGGAGAAAAGUAAAGAACGAAUAAGAAAGAAAAUGUAGAAAGAGAGAAUGAGAGGAAGAACAGUGUGAGUAUUGAUAUCAAUAAUGAGAGGAAAAGAAUGAGUGAAAGAAAGACGAUGACUGAGAUGAGGAGAAACUAGGAUGAGAAAGAAAGAAAAGUGGUGGCAGAAAAUGAGGUAGGUAAGAUGUAUUGAGGUCAAUACAGAGAGAGAGAGUGAGAGAGAACGAAAGUGAAAGAGAAAGAGAAAGAAAUAGUAGUGCAUUAAGGAAGAAGACAAUUAGAUGAAGAGGAAGCGAAAGGAAAUAUUACUACAUUGGUGAAAGUGGAGAGCGAGAAAACCUCUCAAUAAAACGCUUCUCCGUGCUAAAAGAGAACGGACAGAACAACUUUUUUUUUUCAGACACCCUAUUUCCUGGGUGAAAAAGACCUACACACACACAAAAAAAAAAGACCAAGAAGGACAUAUAUUUAUAUAUAAUUGUAAAGUGAUAAAAAAAAAUUCAAACUACGUAGAGAAAGAAACGGUUAAAAUAACGGUCGUAGGGGAAUUUAAUAUUUGGUAAGACAUACGUAUAAAAUUGUACAUAAUACGAAAGAAUUGUCACUCUGACAGUAAUAUACUUUAUAUAUAUAUAUAUAUAUAUAUAUAUAUACACUCACACAUAUAUAUAUAUACACACACACACACACAUAUGUACAUUUAUUUACAUGCGUAUAUUUAUGUAUAUUUACGUGCGUAUAUACAUAUAUCUGCAUUUGUUUGUUAGUAUUAUAACUGAGUGUGUGCCGGCAUCAGAUAAUAAAACGCGGACUGACAAUAUAUAUUUAUAUAUAUAUAGAAAGGCAAGGAUGAGUGACAAAGAGUAAAUGAUACUCUUUUCAAUAACAGCCGUUUCUUAAUAAUAGAACAGAAACAUCACAGAAAGAAAAGAUAAUGCCAUUAUAAGUUCCACUACCACAUUGAGAACAAACCACAACCGCAAAUAGCUAAGAAAAUAUAUAUUUCUCUAAAUUGCUCUCUCUUUCACUGUCUAUCUUCGUUUCUCGUGGAAUGUUUUUGAAAAUAUAUUCAUAAAUAAAAAAAUAACUAACUAACGAAAAUAUAUAUAUUUUCUAUUUUACAUAAGUCAAAGAAAACUGAAAAAAAAAAAAACAAAUGAACUUUGAAAAGCCAACUAGUAAAAACGAAAAAGACAACAAAACUUACGAAAAAUACAUAAUAUAUGAAUUUUAAAGCUGAACAAACGAAACAACACCUCUUCGAAGUAAAGGAUUAAAUAAUAUUGUUCUUUUAAGUAACUAUAUUAUACAUAUAUUAUAACAGUGUCCAGCGACGCAACAAUUUCGAUAUAUUAAGGAACGAAAAAGCUAACCGGAGUGAUUUAUUUAUUUACACCAUCUUCAUCUUUAUAUUAACACCAUUUUUGUAAGUGGAAACCGAAAGGUGUUGAGCGGAAAAUAUUUAUAUGUAAGGUUCGUUAUGCUUGUACACCUGUAUGCGUUAGCGUGUGUAUGUAUAGCUCGUCCUCUCUCUCACUCAGUGAGUAUAGCUCUUCCCUCUACUCUCUCUCUCUCCCUAUUUCUCUGUAUGUUAGUGUAGUUUUACCACUUCUCUCUCACUCACUCACUCACUCACUCACUCAUAUUCUGUAUAACUUUAUCUCCUCUCUAUGAAUCGUGUGUAUAAGCUUCCCUCGUAUCUAUCACUUAUAUAAUGUGAACAGCCCCUCUCCCACUUUCUCCCUCACUCUCAAUCACCCUCUGUGCGAAUACCUCUUUCUCUCCCAUGUAUGUAUAAUAUUUGUGUGUGUGUUUAAGUGUGCGUGUUUGUAUCUCUUGCCCCUUUUCUCUCAUUGUAAGUAUAGCUCUUACUCCUACUCUUUCCCUCUCUGAUUCUCUCACUCGUAAUAGUGAGUGUGUAGAGUGUAGCUGUUGCUUGUUGCUGUUUCGUUCUCGCUACUGUUCUAUGCCCUCCCUCCAUCUAUCUUAUUUCUACUCCUCCUCUACCUCCUACCUCGCUGCUUUUUUUCUUAUUCUCUUUUCCUCACUUUCUUUUUCUCUUUCUCUUUUCUGUGCAGAAGUCAGUCUUUGACUCACAUGUUCUCUGUGAUGCCGUGUGGUAAGGCAUACAUACACGUUUAUAAACAUGUAUGUUUAGCAGCAUUCACACCUUUUUUACAAAAACAAGCUUGCUUUCUCUAGUUGUCGAUAAUUAGUGUGUAUGAGUACGUGUGUGUAUAUAUAUUAUGUUUGUGUAUAGUGUAAAUACAUAUAGUUGAUAGCUUUGUUGAUUUUUUUCCUUUUACUUUGUAUUUCUGUCUCUCUCUUAUCUAUUUAUUUUGUCGCGGUGUUUGUAAAUAUGUAAUUUAUAUAUCUUCAUAUAUUUUUGUGUGUGUUAAUUGCAUAGAAGUUUAGUAGUAUAAAGUGUGAUUGUAUAUAUACAAAUAUAUGUAUAUAUACCUACGUAUGCUUGCGCGCACAUGAAAUAUGCAAACAGGGGAUAAAAAAGAUGAUACACAUAUGAUGUGUAUGAGUGUAUAAUAUAUAUACAUAUAUUUAUAUAUUGUUCAUAUUGUUGGGUUUAACUACAUAAGUGAUUUAAGAUUUUCCUUUUAUCAUUACGUGCACUUUCGGAAUUCUUGGAAAUUUCAUAACUUUGGAAAAAAAAAAUUAUUUAUUGAUAACCCGGAUUUUUUGUUAAAAGAAAACGAAACAAAGUUCACAGUAUCUACCAAGUAAGGAAUUAUAUUUACAUUGAAAAGUUUCUUAUCGUCUUGAAUCAACUAUCGAAAACUAACACACGUCGUUCACCAUGGAUAUAUUAUCAUUAUUAUCGAAGAAAUGGACUUUUCCAUUGUUGCUGAUUGGUAUUUUUUUCCAGACAUGUAUCGUCGUCUCGGAAUCUGCAAUACAGGAUUUUAACGACACCUGCAAUACUUUCUCGGAUCCCUGUAGAAAUGGCCUUAUUAUUCCCCGCUGGGAGCCAACAGGUAAUCUUAGUCUUGGGGAUAAAAUCGCCAGAGCCAUCAUCUAUUUUGUCCUCAUGGUCUACCUUUUUCUUGGUGUUUCCAUCAUUGCUGAUCGGUUCAUGGCAUCCAUUGAAGUAAUUACUUCCAAAGAGAAAGACGUUACCGUUAAAAAGCCGGAUGGUACUACAACGAUAGUCAGCGUGAGAAUCUGGAAUGAAACCGUAUCCAAUCUGACCUUGAUGGCACUCGGUUCUUCGGCUCCUGAAAUUAUGUUGUCGGUCAUUGAAAUUUGUGGUCAGAACUUCAAGGCCGGAGAUCUUGGACCUAGUACAAUUGUUGGAAGCGCUGCUUUCAACUUGUUUAUAAUCACUGCCAUUUGUAUUGAGGUCAUUCCAAAUGGGGAAAGUAGGAGUAUUAAACAUCUUUCGGUGUUUUUCAUCACGUCCAUCUGGAGUGUUUUCGCCUAUCUCUGGCUAUAUUUUAUUCUAUCUGUUAUAUCCUAUGGAAUUGUUGAAGUUUGGGAAGCCAUACUAACAUUCCUUUUUUUCCCAGCCACUGUGGUUACAGCAUAUGUUGCUGAUAGGAAAUUAUUAAACAAAUUUAUUUCCAAAAAAUACCGGGCUAGCAAACAAAAGGGAGUUGUAAUCCAAUGUGAAGGUUUGGAUGCCGAGAAUGCUGAUGGCAAAGCAAACCACCUCGGAGAAGAUGUAGCUUUCAAAGGACUUGACUCAGAAGAAACCGAUGUUCGUGAAUUUGAGCAGCAUCGUCGAGAGUACAUUGAAAUUCUUCGUGAAAUGAGAAAAAAAAAUCCAACAUUGGACAUGAAAACUCUUGAAGACAUGGCUGAAGCCGAAGCUGUAAAUCGGGGCCCGAAGAGUCGUGCUUUCUAUCGAAUCCAGGCUACUAGAAAAUUGACAGGUGGUGGUAAUAUUAUCAAGAAGGCUAAGACACAAACUAGCAUGCAGCUUUCUUCGACAACUGACCAGAAACCUGAAGAUGAAAUAACAAAGGUUUGCUUUGAUCCUGGACAUUACACUGUCAUGGAAAAUGUCGGUACAUUUUAUGGUACUGUUACCAGGGAAGGUGGGGACUUAAGCAAGACCCUCUAUGUGGACUACAAGACUGAAGAUGGUACAGCAAAUGCCGGUUCUGACUAUGUAUACGCUGAAGGUACUCUUGUCUUUUAUCCUAUGGAAACUCACAAACAAUUCCCAAUUUCCAUUAUUGACGAUGACAUUUUUGAAGAGGACGAACAUUUUUACAUUCGUUUAAGCAAUCUUCGAGUCGGCGACUCUCAGGGAUUAUUUGAGAGUGGUCAAGCGGAAGCAAAAGCCCAACUGGCCAAUCCCUUCUUAGCCACUGUAAUGAUUUUGGAUGAUGAUCAUCCAGGUAUAUUUCAAAUCGAGGAAAAGGAAAUGUAUGUUACUGAAUCAAGCGGAGAAGUGGAAGUUCGCAUUAUUCGUACAUCAGGGGCUCGUGGGCUUGUUAAAGUCCCAUUCCAUUCUGUGGACGGCACCGCUGUUCACGGGAAGGAUUAUGAACUCUUGGAUAAGGAAAUUUGCUUUGAUAACGACGAAAAUGAAAAAUUUCUUCGCGUACGGGUAUUUGAUGAUGAAGAAUAUGAAAAGAAUGAAACUUUUUUCAUUUGGCUAGAUGAACCUUUCCUUGUGAAGAAACCAGCAGAUACUGAAUCUGCCCACUCAGGUUCUAUAUCACGCUAUUUUGAAGAAUGUGAUGUCAGCUGUUUUCUGGAUGAGACAAAUGUCUCGGUACAUUCUGGGACACCCUACUCAAAUAUGAUUCCUCUUAUUGAAAGACAGGAUUUUGGCAGUUCUACAUCUGCAAGCAAUGAACCCAUACGACAACGUAUGUCAGGCACAAUGUCAACACUUUUCCGCAAAAUCUCUCAAAGCAGCUUUGUUGAGGAUACAAUUGAGACGCUAAACUCAGCCAAAGUCAGUUUGAUGCAAAACGAAUCCGAGAAAGAUAAACACUCUAGCGGAAAGGCUUCAAUGCCUAAAUCUCCUUCUACUUCUAAUACUGCCCCCAUGCAUCAAAGAAUGUCAGGUACCAUAUCUCAUUUUUUUCGAAAAAUAUCUCAAACCAGCUCUGAUGAUAGGUUAAGUACAGCACUGGACACUUUUCCAUCAUCAAGUUAUAUGCAUGCAGAUAAAGAGAAAGAGAAACAGCCAAUUCACCAGUCAAGUGAUAGCAACUUUUCUUUAGCAACUUUUCACCAUGCAUCAGGUCAGUUUAAGGUCAAGUUCUAGGAAAUCUAGGAUUUGCCAUUGUUUUGCACAACGAAAACCUACAAACCAAACCAAUUCUAGUAGAAACUAGUUUCACAACUUAUCUCCUGGUUAGUUUUUCUCCCUUGAUGUAUUCUCUGACAUAGAAAAUACUCCAUCCUCCUUUAGUAGAUGAGUCUCUAGACUUCAUUAUCUCCUUUGAUAUAGAUUAUUUUUUUUACCUUGACACACUCUCAGUCAUUGAACACAGAAUAAUGAUAAUAACAAAAGACUCUUUUAUUUCAGGAUUAUACAUUCUUCUGCCCUUUAUCACAUAAAUUUGCAUAUGCUCAAUCAUGCCCAUAC